CUCAUUAACUUCAGCACCUGGACAGCGACUGUCCCGGAAAACCUCGUCUGGGGUAACAAUGCGAGCAUUCAGCGAAACGCGAUUUCACCAAGACAUGCUUUGACAAACAAUGCGAUUCCCGACCCAUUUUCUACCUUGGUUUAACUAAAAGCUGACUGUGUCGAGCGCGUAAAGCACGUAGAAACAGCGCCAGUCCUGAAGGCUUCCCUUCCGCGCAGGGAGGGUGCGAGAGACGGAAGGACAAAACGCCGCGGUUUCUCUUUGUUUACAUCGGAAUAAAAGUGAGAAUGCGACGGAUUGUCGGACUGGAGGUGCCGCUCAUAUUGUGGAUAUGGUGUGUUUAUGUGAAGCUCAGCACAGGAGCCCAGAGGUGUGAUGAGGUUUUGGCUUCACCGCUUCCAUACAGCGCCUUCACCAGCUCCUCUGUGUUGGCAGCGGAUUUUGGCGCCGGCUAUGCAAAACUCAACAGGAGAGUAGGCAAUGGCGGAUGGUCACCAUCAGACUUGGACAGGUACAGGUGGCUACAGGUGGACCUCAGGGCUAGAAAACAGAUCAUGGCCAUCGCAACGCAGGGCAGAUACAGCAGCUCCGACUGGACCAAAAACUACAGGCUCCUGUACAGCGACACCGGGAGCAACUGGAAGCCCUAUCGGCAGGACAGCAACAUAUGGACGUUUUCAGGUAACUGGAACUCAGAGCGGGCCGUGCGACAUGAACUUCAGCACCCGUUUGUGGCUCGUUAUGUGCGUUUCAUCCCACUGGACUGGAGCGAGGAGGGCAGAACUGGUCUGAGAGUGGAGAUCUAUGGCUGUGCUUACUGGGCAGACGUGAUCAGUUUUGAUGGCCAGGGAGUGAUUUCCUAUCGCUUCAGACAGAAGAAGAUGAAGAUCUUGAAGGAUGUGAUAUCGCUGAAGUUUAAGACCUCUAAAGGAGACGGUGUUCUGCUGCACGGAGAGGGACAACAGGGAGAUUAUAUCACACUAGAGCUGCGGCGAGCCAAACUACAGCUGCAGAUCAACCUGGGCAGUAAUCAGUACGGCUCCAUUCAGGGUCACACAUCAGCGUCGAGUGGGAGUCUGCUGGAUGACGACCACUGGCACUCGGUCCUGAUCGAACGCUACAGACGCAGCAUCAACUUCACACUCGACCAGCACACACAGAGCUUCCGCACUAACGGAGAGUUUGACCACCUGGACCUGGAUUAUGAAAUUACAUUUGGAGGGAUGCCAGUGUCGGCCAAGCCCAGCUCAGGAGGCCGAGAAAACUACAUCGGCUGCAUGGAGGCCAUUCAUUACAACGGGGACAACAUCACUAACCUCGCACGCAGGAGAAAAGUAGACACCUCCAGCUUCCAUAACCUGACAUUUUCCUGCACGGAGUCCCGAACGUUCCCUGCCUUCUUUAACUCCACCAGCUCCUUGCAGCUUCCGGGUCGGACUGAUGCAGACACAGUGUCGGUCAGGCUUCAAUUUCGGACGUGGAACCCCAGCGGCCUGCUAUUCUUUACUCCACUCAUGCCUGGAGGGGUGGAGGUCAGUCUGGUGGAGGGUAAAGUUACAGUCCACAUCUACGUCACUCUGGGCAAGAACACCCGUGUGGACAUAUCCUCAGGUUCUGGUCUUAAUGAUGGACAGUGGCACAGCGUUCAUUUUCUGGCACUGGAGAGCAUUGCCAUGUUGACCAUUAAUGGAGACGAAAUGUCCACCGUGAGAGCUGCUCUGCCCAUGCAGAUCAGGACUGGAGGAGAUUAUUUUUUCGGAGGAUACUUCCCGCGGACCGAUCUUUCUCCAUCACAGCGCUCAUUUCAGGGCUGCAUGCAGCUCAUUCAUGUGGACGACCAGUCUAUGGACCUGCAAUCUGUGGAGCAAGGCAUUCUGGGUAGCUUCGAGAACGUCAGCCUGGAUAUGUGCGCCAUCAUAGACAGGUGUGUCCCAAACCACUGUGAACAUGGAGGAAAGUGUUCUCAAACUGAAGACACAUUUAAGUGUGCCUGUGAGGGCACUGGAUACUCUGGCGCCACCUGCCACAACUCUGUGUAUGAGCAGUCCUGCGAGGAGUACAAACACUUGGGCCGAAGCUCAGACACAUACUGGAUCGAUCCGGAUGGCAGCGGAUCCCUGGAGCCGUUCAGAGUCACCUGCAACAUGAGGGAAGACAAAGUGUGGACAACCAUAGCGAAUGACCUGCCGGCUCAGAGUUCUGUCUCUGCAGGUUCUGUACCCGAAGACAAGACGGUGCUCACACUCAAUUACAGCAUGUCUGUUGAACAGGUGAACGCCGUCACCAGCAGCGCGGAGCUCUGUGAGCAGCAUGUUUCAUACAUGUGCUAUAAAUCACACCUGCUCAAGGUGCUGUCGCCAGAUGUGCCUCCAUCCACAUAUUGGGUCGGCAGGGGAAAUGAGAAGCACUUCUACUGGGGAGGCUCAGGACCGGGCGUGCAGAAAUGUGCCUGUGGUAUAGAACGCAACUGCACCGAUCCCAGAUAUUACUGCAACUGCGAUGCAGAUCUCAGACAAUGGAAAGAAGAUGCUGGUAUGUUGAUGUAUAAGGAUCAUUUGCCUGUCAGUCAGGUUGUGGUUGGGGAUAUUUAUCGCUCUGGAUCUGAAGCCAAACUCACCGUCGGACCGCUGCGCUGCCAAGGAGAUCGUCACUACUGGAACGCUGCUUCCUUCAACACACCUGCAUCUUAUCUUCAUUUUCCAACCUUACAAGCCGAGACCAGUGCUGACGUGUCCUUUUAUUUUAAGACAUCGGCUUCACACGGAGUCUUUCUGGAAAACCUGGGCAACCCCGACUUCAUUCGACUAGAACUCAGAUCGGCGUCAGUGGUGUCGUUUUCGUUUGAUGUGGGCAACGGGCCGGUGGAGUUAAGCGUUCGCUCAUCUACACCCCUCAAUGAUGACCAGUGGCACAGGGUGGAGGCGGAGCGCAAUAUUAAGGAGGCUGUUUUGCGAUUGGAUAAGCUGUACCGGGAGGCGCGGUCAGCACCACCUCAGGGCCACACCCGCCUGCAGCUCUUCAGCCAGCUGUUUGUAGGUGCUUCAGGCGGUCAGAGAGGAUUUCUGGGCUGCAUUCGUUCCCUAAAGGUCAACGGAGUAACCCUUGAUCUCGAGGGGAGAGCAAAGGUCACACCGGGGGUAAAGCCUGGAUGUUCGGGUCACUGUAGCAGUUAUGGGAUGCACUGCCAGAAUGGAGGAAAAUGCAUCGAAAAAUACAAUGGGUACUCAUGCGACUGCAGUCUGACCGCCUUCGAUGGGCCUUUCUGCAAUGAUGAUGUUGGAGGGUAUUUCGAGAGCGGAACACUGGUGCGUUUUGACCUGAUGUCCGAGAGCAGCACUUCUUCUCCUGCACUGAAGGAAGGAGAGUCUGCGGCGCUGGGCAUUGUGGGUAAUCUGACACACGAGGAGCUCAGCUUUAGCUUCAGCACAUCCAACACGCCGGCCGUCCUCAUCUACAUCAGCUCAAAGACACAGGACUACCUGGCCGUGGUGCUGAGACACAAUGGUACUCUGCAGAUCCGCUAUAAUCUGGGUGGAUUGAGAGAGCCAUUCAGCAUCAGCCUGAACCAUCGUAACAUGGCGAACGGUCAGCCUCAUAAUGUCAACAUCAGCCGACAAGACAGACUCGUUCAGCUGCAGGUGGAUCAUUACCCUACAGUGAGCUACACUCUUCCUGAAGCCUCAGACACUGAAUUUAACCUGGUCAAGACCAUUUUCCUUGGAAAGGUGUUUGAAACAGGUCAGAUUGAUCCGGUGUUGAUAGAGCGAUACAACACUCCAGGAUUCGUGGGUUGUUUGUCCAGAGUUCAGUUCAACCGGAUCUCUCCUCUGAAGGCGGCGCUCAGGACCGGCCCGUCCACUGCCUCCAUACAGGGAGUCCUGGUGGAGUCAAACUGCGGCGCGUCUCCACUCACCGUCCCACCCAUGUCUGCUGUCUUUGACCCCUGGCACCCAGAGUCAGUCGGUGCUCAGUUCCCGUUCAAUGAGGAGCGCAUCAGUCGAGAUGGAGUCAACAGAGACUCUGCAAUAAUCGGAGGCAUCAUCGCAGUGGUGAUCUUCACCAUCCUCUGCACGCUGGUGUUUCUGGUGCGUCACAUGUUCCGUCACAAGGGCUCCUACCACACCAAUGAGGCCAAAGGGGCGGAGUCUGCAGACUGCGCGGAUGCUGCCAUCAUCGUCAAUGACCCCGCCUUCACAGAGACCAUCGACGAGAGCAAGAAGGAGUGGUUCAUUUAGCCACACCCCCUGAGGGCGAGGCUUCACUCUCUGACAGCAGCCCAUGUGAAACGGACACUUGGCGAAGUCUGGCAUGUCUGUUCUGUAAUUAUUUUGUAUGUAAGUGAGUACAGCACAAGGACUUCUGUAAGAUCCAAUUCAUCCCAUGCACACAUGAUAACAGUUUUAAACAACAACUGAUGCGUUUUUAUCAUUGCAAUAUUUCUGGUCUGAUUAAAAAACUAAAAAUGAUGUGUGUUCGGCGAUCACGGAUGCAGCAAAUACUCCAAUAGCACAAAGCGGAAUGUGUACAGAAUGCAUAAUUAUGUUUUCCGAUAAUGACGUUUGAUUGUAUUUAAGCGUUUCGUUGUCAGCAUCUUCAGGACAAUAAUAAUAUAUUGUAGCAUGGAAAUCAGCCAUUGGCGUUUCUGAAUCACCCAUCGAUGUUUAAUGCAGCACUUUUGUAUCUCAUGGUUAAUGUUCUUUAUAGUUGCCAGAAUUCAGUGUUAUUUAUCUGUUUCUCCAUAAGUGCUUGUUCAAUCUCUACGGAUAACAUAAUGCAGACAGACAGUUUAGGGGGGGGGGUUGUGAGGUGCAUGUUCUGUGCCCCUAUUAUGUUGUUAGGGUUUAUUGUUUUUCUUAUUUCAUCAAUCCGAGGUUAAAAAAACACAUUUUUCAUCACCAUCGCUUUUCGUAGCGUCUAAAAUGGUUGGUUCAAGGAUCCGGUUUCUCUAAACCCCGCCUUUUUUGAGAGCCUGCUUUGCUCUGAUAGGUCAGAUGACUGGUCCAGUCUGUUGUGAUUGGUUGAUAACUUACAUUGCAUGUCUGAAACCAUAUGCAGAUUACCAUAUAUCUGAAUUUGAGCUCUUCUUUCUCAAUUGUAAGCACAGUGACAUAAACAAUGAUGUUUGUUUUACCAUCUUAAUUUGAGCAUGAGUUCUCCUCCUUUUUUAAGUGAAGAAAACUAUGUAUUUUUGAUAUAAAAACCCAAACUCUUAUAGGUUGCAGCCAGUGCUUAAUUUGUAAAUUGCGAGGUCCAAUUUAUGUAACAUAACGUAACGAGGUCCAAUCGGCAUAAUGGAUCCGGCAUGUUACCCGAGGAUGUAGAGGUGUCGCGCAUGAAAGUGGAGACCGUGGGGGGGAAGAGAGAUGGCAGAGGGGUUUCGCGGACGAAAGUGAAGAGGGUUGGGGUGCCGCGGAAGAAAGUGAAAGUGAACAGUGGACAGGGGAGGAGGACGGUUGAGGAGGGGGAUCGGGUAAAAUGAGGUGCCAGAUUAGAUUUCAGAGGUUCCGGAUCAGGCGUGUUCCCUGGUUAAGCCUUGGUUGCGGCUAUAGUUACAGUGUUUGAGACUUAAAGAUGACAAUAAAACAAAAAUUUCAUUUUUUUUCCACAACCUUUUUCCGCACAGCUCCAGCUAUUUUCUUAGGCUGCAUUCACACUGCAUGGUUCAAGUGACUCAAUUUCGAUUUUUUUCUCCCAUGUGGCACAGAUCGGAUAUGGCCCAUGUUCGUGUAAGCAGGAAAAAAUCAAAUGGAUUCCGAUUUACCCAAAUCAGAUUCAGGCCUUGUUCAUAUGUGGAAAUUUCUUGCCCUCACGUUUGCAGUGUAAGCAGGUAGGUCGGAUUUUCUCCUGUCAAUGCGAGUUGCACAUUAUUUAAAAACCAUAGCAAAUGACGUAAACUCUAGACGCUUUUAUUUCGGAACAAACUUCAGCAGAGUCCCAAACCUUAAAUCUCAUACACGAGGGCUAAAAAAGCUUUUAUAUUGUCAUGUAGCACAAGUAUUUAAGCAUGUUAAGGAGAGAGAGAGAGAGAGAGAGAUCAAUAGCACAAUAUCCGCCAGGUAACCAAUAUUGGCAAAAUGAGAAUUUUUGGUCAUAAACUAUAGCAAAACAACUUGUCAAAAAGAAUUUAAAAAAUGAAACCCUGCGAACACAUUAAAUGCAGGAGUGGAGAUAAGAGCGCUCUUUUAUUAUCAGCUGUCAAUCAGCGCCCACUUGUUUUUUUUCCUGGUCAAUGCGACUUUGCUGUGUGCUGUGUAAAUGCAGACAAUUGGAUACGAGUCACUUUUAAAAGAUGAUGUAAGCAAGUCAGCAAAAAAGUCAGAUGCAGUCACAAAAUCGGAAUUGACCAUCAAGAUUUGCAGUGUAAAUGCAGCCUUAGUGCCUGAAAGGGCUGGUUCAAGGAUCUGGUUUCUCUAAACCCCGCCUUUUUGAGAGCCUGCUUUGCUCUGAUUAGUCAGAUGACUUCUCUCAGUGUAGAAAAUAACAUCUUUUUGCUCCAAGAGCUCAAAUCCUCCAGGUUUCAGCGACAGUUACAGUGUUUAGGAGUUAAAUAAGACAUAAAUAUCCACUUUACCAAUAAUAUGCCCAGCUCCAGCUCUUUUCUUAGUGUCUUAGUUGGUUCAAGGAUCCGGUCUCUCCAAACCCCUUUCUGAGAACCUCCUCUGCUCUGAUUGGUCAGAUGACGGGUCCAGUCUGUUGUGAUUGGUUGGAAACUUACAUUGCAUAUCUGAAACCAUAUAUCUAAAUUUGUUGCCCACCAUGUUGGCUGAAUUGGUCACAUGACUGCAUCACAUGACUAAAAUGCGUCAUCGUUUUGAAAAGCCUCCAUUUUCACAGUCCACACUGCAACACUAAAGUGGCAUUUUCAAAUUGAUACACUUUGGACAUUUUUGUUUUCAAAAAGAUAUGUUUUUGUUUUCUAAAAAUGCCAUCUCAGUGUGGAUGGAAGGCCAAAACGGAGAGAAAAAUAUGUGUUUUUAAAUGAAAACGUUUUAGUGUGGCCUUAGUGUCAGAAAUGGUUGGUUUAAGGAUCCGGUCUCUCUAAACCCUGCCUUUUUAAGAACCUGCUUUGCUUUGAUUGGUCAGAUAACUGCUCCAGUCUGUUGGGAUUGGUGGAGAGAGCAAUUCUUCCAGGUUUUAGCUACAGUUACAGUGUUUAGGAGUUAAAAAAAAUACUCUUUUCCAAUAUAAUGCACAGCUUUUUUCUUAGGCUACGUCUACAUUAAUCUGGAUAAAUUUGAAACGCUAAAACUCUCCAUGUCCACACUAUCAUUUUAUAUUCUUUCGAUCAUCCACACUAAAAUGACUGAAAACACUUUGGUUUAUGUACUGCGCAUGCACACAUAAGACGCUUUUACUAGCAUCAUAUCCGCCUGUCACUUAUUUCUCUUUGAAGCGUCUCAGCAAAAUGGUGCCACUGUCCACCGCUGGACAACAGCUUCCAGUAAACAUUCUAUGUCCUUUGAACAGAGGCAAUAUGGAGCAUGUACAAACUGACAUCAAUCUUUAAUAAAACGGUCAAAACGGACAGCAUCCAAAACAUCUGCUUUACAACGUCGUCCACCAUGUUAGCUGAUUGGUCACAUGACUGCAUCACAUGACUAAAAUGCGUCAUCGUUUUGAAAAGCCUCCAUUUUCACAGUCCACACUGCAACACUAAAGUGGCAUUUUCAAAUUGAUACACUUUGGACAUUUUUGUUUUCAAAAAGAUAUGUUUUUGUUUUCUAAAAAUGCCAUCUUAGUGUGGAUGGAAGGCCAAAACCGAGAGAAAAAUAUGUGUUUAUAAACAAAAACGUAUUAUUGUGGACAUGGUUUUUGCUCUGAUUGGUCAAGAGAACUACGGUCUGUUGGGAUUGGUGAAGAGAGUAGAUUUGCUCUCCCAGAGUAGAAAAGGACAUCUUUUUGAGCCACAAAACCAACUCUUCCAGGUUUCAGCUACAGUUACAGUGUUUAGGAGUUAAAAAAAAUACUCUUUUCCAAUAUAAUGCACAUCUCUUUUCUUAGGCUACGUCUACACUAAUCUGGAUAAAUUUGAAACGCUAAAACUCUUCAUGUCCACACUAUCAUUUUCAAUUCUUUCGAUCAUCCACACUAAAAUGACUGAAAACACUUUCGUUCAUGUACUGCGCAUGCACACAUAAGACGCUUUUACCAGCAUCAUAUCCACCUGCUGCUUAUUUACUUUCCAUCUCUUUGAAACGUCUCUGCAAAAUGUCGCAACUGUCUGCCACUGAACAACAGCUCUCAACAAACAUUCCGUGUCCUUUGAACAGAGGCAAUAUGGAGCAUGUACAAACUGACAUUAAUCUUUAAAAAAAUUGUCAAAACGGACAGCAUCCAAAACAUCUGCUUUACAACGUCGUCCACCAUGUCGCCAAACGUUUUUGAGAGCCUGCUCUGAUUGGUCAGAUCUCUCCUCCAGUCUUGUAAUGGGUGGAAAAAGUAGAAAUGCUUUCACAGCACAGAAACUAGCAUCCUUUUUUAUCCAAACCCAACUCUUCCAGGUCACAGCUACAGUUACAGUAUUUGAGAGUUAAAUAAGACAUUGUUCACAAGCAGCCCAUAAAGACAACAGACUGGCAUCAUGCAAAUUUGUUAUAAACUUGUGUAGGUUUGUGUAGGAAUUACUGAAGAUUCCUUUCAUGUAGUUCAGAAUCGCUUCUUUCUUUUUGGAGACAAUAACUCCAUUUAUAUUUGAAAUGUUGCUGACCGUUUACAUUCAUAAAAGCCCUAAAUUACGCACUAUGUGAGCAUAAUAGGGGCAUUUUUAAAACAAGGAAGCUCUGGAUAGUUCAGUAGUAAAUGAUCAGGACUGGUUCAUUUGCUCCGAUGUCUUUUAAUGUGCCUCAAAGGCUUCUUCUGGCCAAGCAUGGAUUUUGUGAUAGAUUUGAAGACCAUAAUUUAGGAGAAAGUGUAUUAGUUUAAAAUCAGCCGCAGCAGCACAAAGUUAUGUACAAACCAUUUUGAAUAUUGUCCUCGCUGUGCUUGGUUAAGUCAUUUUUAUUUCUUAACUUUGUCUGAAUUACGUAAGGAAGCAUUUCUGUCAUUUUUGAGGGUGUUUAUUAACAUGGUCUUUUAACCGUCUUUGCUCACACGAAUCCACUAACAACAGUGUUAUUGAGCCAUCAGAUAGAUUACAAAAGUUGGUUUACGAUAAAGCACGAUAAUGUUGCUUUGCGAAUAUUUUGGAUUGUUUUAAAAUUGUGCAUAACCAAUCUGUUGUUAGGUCUUUUAAAAUGAAUUAAAUUGCAUAUUUAUUAAGGUUGUGUCACAUCAGAAAUGCUUAAUGUGGCUUUUUAUUUAUAAUCAGUCAAUCGUUUUCGUGUUUCUUUUUUGAAAAUGCUCAUGUUGUAUAUGAUGCAAUGUCAUUUCUUGUUGAGGGUCGUAAAGAAAAUGACCCUCCAUUAAUGAACACGUUGCAGAUCUCAAUAAACU